CUGGCAAGAAUGAGCAAAUAGUAGACCAGGCAAUCGUUUAGAACGGGACUGUCUCGAUUAUUCCGCUUCAGGUUUCUUCAGUAUCUAUAAUUUGUAGGCGCACCUGCCGCGUCUUGGAGUUCAACCCGAAGCUCCGCCCAACACCACCUUUGACCUCUACCCCUUCUCCCCCACUCCAACACUACCACACUACACCACACUACACCACAGAAGCAAAUGGCCUCCGACGACACGGCGGAGCCUGACCAGCGGUCCCAACCGCAGACAACAACACCAGCCGGCGCCAUAACGCCGACCGCCGCACCUCCACCCGCGGUGCCAGCAGCAUCAACCAUAACGAGUCCACCGACAUCCACCUCGCGCCAACCCUCCCGCACCUCCUCUCGCCGCACCUCUCAAAUCUACCCCAUGAGUCCGCCGCCUCUGCCGCUAGCGUCGCCCGCAGCACUUGCACACGGCUCCCCAUCGCCGCAUGCCUCCAGCACCACUACUACACAUGCGUUUCCCCCGCUGAGUCCGAGCCUCAUGGGCCAUUCGACACUGGCGCAAGGGACGGGGUAUCCGGGUGAGCCGUUGAGGCAUCCCAGGCCCCUGACGGCGGCCGAGUUGCACUUGCAGUUGGAGAAGGAGCAGGAGGCCGUGGUCAACCGCCUCACGCGCGAACUCACGGCCCUCCGCGCCCACUCGGCCUCGGUCGCCUCCACGGCGUCCAGCACCUCGCUCCUCAACGACGCCUCCCUCCUCGACCACACCCAUCCCGCUCCGCCGCAUACGACGCGCCGCCAUAGGGGAAGCUCGAGCAGUCGAUCCGGCGUCUUGCAGACUCCGCAGACGGGUACGGUGGGGAACCAUGUCUCGGGACGCAGCGCGGGGGGCAGCGUGGUGAGCACGCCGCGGUAUGAGGAGGUUGCGUUUUUCAAGCAGGAGCUGGAGGAGGCGAGGAGGGAGAAUGAGGGGUUGAAGAAGAGGAUUCGGGAGCUAGAGGGUUUGCUGAGGGAGAAGAGGGACAGGGGGAGGGAGAGAGAGAGGGAGAGGGAAGAAGGGUCGGUGGAGGGUGUGGAAACGAGCACGCUGGCCGCUGAACGGAUGGGGAGUGGGCACGGUGAUGGGGAGACGGAAGGUGGUGACGCUGAUGGUGUUGGAGCGGAGGGACUACGCUAAUAGGUCAUGCUUCUAGCUUGGUUGGGUACUGGGGCAUUCUUUUUCCUUUUGUUGGGAGCACGCUCGAAUGAUUCAGGGAUAGGGUUUAGUAGGCGUUUUUCGGUGUUGGGAACGGGCACUACAUGGCAGGGUUUCACAAGGCGAUCCCUCAUUCGAUGGGAAUUGUCUCGGACUUUUUGGAUUGUUCGAUACCACUCUCGAGCGCAAUACAUUCAUCUCUUCUUUUAUCUUUUUAUCGUUUUUAAUUCAACUACACAAUAUCCACAAUCCUCUCCUCC